UUAAUGUUUGAUGGGUGCUUAAUUAUUUAGGGCAAAAGUAUUUUUUGCAGUCUUUCCCUGACAGAUAAUACAAUGGCUCUGUGCACAGGAGGUGAGAUGAGGUUUUCCAAAUGGAACUUAGAAGGCACUGAGUGCAGUGCCUUGAUAAAUAGCUGAGUAAACUGGAGUCACUGCCACUAACAGCUGAGUAACAAAGAUACACAUGCACACACUCUGCACUAGACACUCACAGUGACCUGUCCAGGAAAACACAUUAUUUAAAAUAAAGAGGGUUGGGAUUGGAGGCAAGAAAAGACUGAUGCUUGGAACGUACAGCUCUCUGUCUUCAAUUAGAAUUUUCUUUCUGUUCUGUUUUAGGGAACACUUGUGGGAUGGACAAAAGGAUUCAAGGCAACAGACUGUGAGGGAGAAGAUGUUGUUGAUAUGCUGAGAGAGGCCAUCAGGAGAAGAAAUGAGUUUGACUUGGACAUUGUAGCAGUGGUGAAUGACACCGUUGGGACCAUGAUGACGUGUGGCUAUGAGGAUCCAAACUGUGAGAUUGGCCUUAUUGCAGGAACGGGCAGCAAUGUGUGCUACAUGGAGGACAUGAAAAACAUAGAAAUAGUGGAAGGGAAUGAAGGAAAAAUGUGCAUUAAUACAGAAUGGGGAGCGUUUGGUGACAACGGCUGCAUUGACAACAUCAGGACAAAAUAUGAUAAAGAAGUAGAUGAAGGCUCACUAAACCCAGGGAAACAGAGGUAUGAAAAAAUGACCAGUGGAAUGUACCUAGGUGAAAUAGUAAGGCAAAUUUUGAUUGACUUAACCAAACAAGGGCUGCUGUUCAGAGGACACAUUUCGGAGUCACUCAUGAAGAGAGGCAUAUUUGAAACAAAGUUCCUGUCUCAGAUUGAGAGUGACCGGCUCGCCCUCCUCCAGGUGCGGCGAAUCCUGCAGCAGCUGGGCCUGGACAGCACGUGUGAGGACAGCAUCAUCGUGAAGGAGGUGUGUGGAGUUGUGUCACAGAGAGCUGCCCAGCUCUGUGGGGCAGGGCUGGCUGCCAUUGUGGAGAAGAAGAGGGAGAACCGAGGUGUGGAGCGCUUGCAAAUCACCGUUGGAGUAGACGGGACUUUGUACAAGCUCCAUCCACAUUUUUCCAGAGUCCUGCAGGAAACAGUGAAGGAACUGGCACCUCAGUGUGAUGUGACCUUCAUGCUCUCUGAAGAUGGCAGUGGGAAGGGAGCUGCCCUCAUCACUGCAGUGGCAAAACGGUUGCAUAAUGUUGGGCAGAAGUAGAAAUGAGUGGUCAAGUCAUUCCAGCGCUGUCAGGCGUGUGCAUAGGGAUCUACUGAGUGGUGAUUCCAGAUAGCUGUGCCAGGCACCCGUUUCAGGCACCCGUUUUCAGGGAGCAGCUGCUUUUGACCGACCAGGACUGUGGAUUUUUGUCCUUUGCUAGCUUGGAUCAGGUGUUUCUACUCCCCACUGGCAUUAUUCUUGGCACACCACAGUCUCCUGGGUUCUGUAAUUCCUGCAGUGCAUCUGUAAUGCACAUGGGAGAAAACAAACAAACAAAUGCAAUCCACCCCAAAUGUGUCUUUUUACAAUGUCUUAAUUAAGCUACUGCACCACAACUGGGUUUAUCACCAGUUUCUUAGGAUUUGUGUGCUUUAGUUUUGGCUUGGCCUGGCUCACGGAAUGUUGAGAUCCUGAUGCUGCAUCUGUCUAGUGGACAUAUUUGUUCAAUGCUUCACAGGUUUUAAAUAAAAUUGAAGGUAAAAUAAAUCAAUGGGCUUUGGUCAGUGAUGCUCCCCCUGCCACUACUCUGGUUGCAAGUGUGUUGUAAUGUAAUACUUCCUGAGUACAGAGGCAUGUUUAAUAGAUUAACGUAAAGAUAAAAAUAUGAUUCCACAGAAUAUCAGUUUGUGUCAAAAUAUGUUAGUGCAUUUUGAGUGCACAUAAAGCUAAACUAGCGCUGGGUGGAUUUUGACUGUGACUGACUCUUUUGAUACUGGAGGAAAGAGAGAAUGUAGAAACAAGCAGCUACAGAGUCUGCUAUGUCUACGUCAAGGUACGUACAGAGUAUCAAACAGGCCACCAAAACAGCUGUGUAGAGAGAAACAAAAAUCACCUGAAUUUCUGAAAUUCUUCUCUUUAUUCUCCCUCUGUUAUCUCCUUGCCUGUUCCUGAGAGAAUUGUUUCCAUUGUAUGGAAAGGAGUUUAUCCCUGGUUUUCAUUUUCUGUUGCCUCCUGCUCAGCCUGUGUGUAGCCUGUUUGUAAGUAAAUCUGGGGUGCCGUGAGCCUCUCUGUCUAAUGCCUCUUCUGAGUUGUGGGAAGAACAUGCAGGCAAGUGGGAGCUUUCUUAGAAUAUAAAUCUUUAAACCUAAACCUUUCUUUAAACCUAAAUGUCUAACAGCGCUCAGCAGCACUACAGUUAUUCUGAAGGUGGUUUGUGGAUAGAGCCCAUGGCCUUGUGUGACCAAAUGUCCUUCACCUGAUUUACCCAGAACAAGCCAAAGCAAUCAUAUGACACAGAGAGGCAGCAAAUCUGCAUCCUGCCUAGCUCCUGUUCUCAAGUAUUCCUCUAUCUCCCUUAAUCCUCUCUUCUUGGAUAUUUGCUUCCUUCCAGGCUGGCAGCAGAAAGUGGGGCCAAGAAAUGUGCUUUAAGCCUAGUUAGGUCAAAAGUAACCAUCGUGCAGGGGGGGAUCAGCAGUUGGGUUUAUGUAAUAAUCUGUAACCAGGCUGCUGCUGGGUUUAAAUUUAGCAGUCACAGAUUCAAAAUUGGAAGCUACAGACCCUUCCUGUUUUGUAGUUUUUCAAAAAAACCCCAACAUCUCAGCAGCUGUGUCUGUGUUGAAGUUACUGGAUGGGUGAAAAAUGAUACUUGGAAAUAGUUUUCACUUCUGAAGGUGUGGUGCUGAGCUCACUGUACUAAGCAGUUGGGAAGAGGCAAGUUGUGAACUCAUUACAUUUAAUGUUUUUCUCCUUUUGUCAAGAAACUUAGUGUUUUACUUUUUCUUUAUAUUUCAGAAUCCACAGAGCCCCAGGAACCAAAGCUUCCUGUGUAGUAAGGGCAGUUAUUUGGAAUGGAAGUUUGUUCCUGGUGAUGAACAGGUUAAAUUUGGAGGGGCUGGGUAUAGAAGCAAAAAAAAAUCAGCUAUGGAGGCAAUGUGAGGCCUAGAACAGCUCUUCUGCAUUGACUGUUUCUCCCUUCAGCACCUGAAAUCUUGUACUAUCUGGGUGGGUUUGGACCCUUUUGGGGGAGUGAAUUGUUCUAAUCUGCAAAAGUGCAUCUGUGGACAUUGAUCCCUGUAUAUCUGGAAGGAGGGGUUGCAGACUUGCCCCAGAAUGGCCACGUGAGUAUGGUGCAAGAGUUCCUUUUGUACUUUUAUUCCAAAGCCUGUUCUACACAACUGGAAUGCAAACCAGUAACAAAAGAAGGCAAACCCUUCACAUUUA